UUUAGUUCACCAACACGUCGCAAGAAAACCACUUUAGAAUAUUUUACCAAGCUUUCCGAAUAUUACAAAAAAAUUGAUAAUUUCAUUAAUAAUAUAAGUAAGUCUCUUAACCUUCAAAGUUUAUAAAAAUGAAACUUUUUUGUUUGUUAUUAUCAUUUAUCAUUGUAAACGUUUCGUCAGAUAAAACAACGGAGUAUUUUAAGAGGGAGGUUGCCAUAACAAACGCACUCGUCGAGUAUGCUUAUAAUAUGAAAAAUUCUAUUGUAGGAGAUAAACGUAUAGAAAAUGGAUUAGUGCAUGUAAUUAAAACAAUUGUUUUAAAUGGCAAUUAUACCACAGAAAUUAUGAAUCAUAUGUUCUCAAUUGCGGAAAACUUGUACCUUAAAGACAUAGACGAAACUGUAAACAUCCUACACAAGUUUAAUGGAGAAAUAAUAAGUGAACUACAAAUUGCUGAUCCUGAUGCACUACGCCCAACAGAUUUGACCAAUUUAGUUUUGAAAGAGCUUGCAGAUAAUAGAAGACGUUGUACUGGAGAAGCUUUGCGCUAUAUACUCAGACUGGCAACAAACGAUUUUGCAGAUUUUGUAGACAAUGUGACCAAUCUUGUAGAAAAGAGAAGAAUUGAUCCUCCAGAAUGUUCAAAUAGUACAAUCCUGCGUGCAAAAACACCUACAGUUAGAAAGGCACUUGAUGUCCCAUUGUAUGAGAUGUGUCAAUUUUUAGUAUUGUACAUGAAUACAAAAAAUCCAAGUCCACAAAUUGCAGCUGAGCUGGUUUACGAUGGUAAUGAAACUUGUACCGCAACAAAAAUUUAUAAAUCAUCAGACCCCGAUGUAUUCGUGAUAAAAAAAAUGAAGCUCAUAUGGUGGCAAGUUGACAAGUAUCACAAACAAGUAAUGCCACUUAAAGACUUAUUACGAACAUUUUGACCAGGAAUCAAUAAUUGAACUCUUCUAAAAUUACAUUAUAGUUUUGUAAUUAUA